AUGGGAUUCUUAACAAUCUUAAAAAAACUACGACAGAAAGAAAAAGAAAUGAGAAUUUUAAUGUUAGGUUUAGACAAUGCUGGUAAAACUACUAUACUAAAACGGUUUAAUGGUGAACCAAUAGACACUAUUUCACCAACUUUAGGGUUUAAUAUAAAAACACUAGAGCACAAAGGAUAUAAGUUAAACAUAUGGGAUGUUGGAGGACAAAAAUCUUUAAGGUCAUACUGGAAGAAUUACUUUGAAAGUACAGAUGGUGUAGCUUGGGUUGUGGAUAGUGCAGAUCCUCGUAGACUAGCUGACUGUGCUAGGGAACUACAUGCCUUGUUGAGAGAGGAGCGGUUGGCCGGGGCUACAUUACUUGUGUUAGCUAACAAGGCUGAUCUACCUGGAGCACUUACCUUACAGGAGAUUAGAGAGGCCCUAGAUCUGGAUAGUAUUAAGAGUCACCACUGGCGUAUAGUCCGAUGUUCAGCUGUCACUGGGGAAAAUCUGCUUGAAGGCAUGGACUGGAUGCUUGAUGAUAUUGCUUCUAGGAUAUUCACACUUGAUUAA